UUCCGGAAAAAAUUCUUCCUACAGUAAAAGGCAACAAAAGCAUAUCUCUAUGGUAUAUAAGGUUAAGCUGCUGCGGAGGAGGAGGAGGAGAAGAAUGGUAUCAUGUCCAAUAAUAAAAGGAGUGGACAUGCAGUGGAACCGUGGAUCGAGGCGAUGAUCCAGAACUGCAGCAAAUGCAAUAGGAAAGGCACGGUGAAUGCCCAUGUGACAGAGUUUGGCAAACUGUCGGAAUCUCUGAAAAAGCUGGCAGAGAAUCCAGUGGCUCUGAUGUUCCUUUCUGAUGGAGUUGUCCAGAUCCCAGGAAUCCUCACCAUGGAGGCGUGGAAGAAGCUGCAAGAAGUGGAAGAACAUGACACGUUCCAGAGUCUCACAAACCGCACGGUGUCCUUGCGGAGAUAUAGCCUCACAUUCCAGUGGGACUCAGAGCAGAGCAAAAGUCAGUUCGUCCUGACACUGAACGAACUCGCCACCACUGCAGCCACGGCUGUGAAGAGCUCUGUACCCUGCUGCACCAGUUUACUCACAGUGCGCCAGCAGAUUGGUGAAACCUGGAGAUCUCUGAGGGAGCAGACUUCCUUCCCUGGCGUUACAGCCGAUUCAGUUUACCCAGAGUGUGGUCAGAGGGGGCUACGGGGUGAGCUGCUCCAGGAUAGACUGAACUCUUUGCUGAAGGACUUGAGAGAACAGCUCACAGCAACACCACAUAACUCCACCUCCCAGGACCGACCCACACUCUCCAUGUCUUCUUUCCACCAGACAAGAUGGGAUACAGACCGGAUCAGGUUCAAGAGGGAGGAGCCCUUCUGCAUCCCUUUGUUGCAGCUCUAUAUCCCUGUGCAGCAGUCCAGGCAGAUGCAGGAACUAACUGGCAACUCACCUGUUUCUGUCACCUGUAACUCAGAAUGUGAGGAAGAUGAUUUUCAGCUGGAUUUUGACCUGGAUGAAAACUCUCUUAUGGGUCCUGGAAAGCAGGAGAUGGUACCCUUAAAUCCCUGGGACAUUUUUGCACCUGCACUCGAGAUCACCACGUCUUCAGCUGAAGGGUCCCCAAGGGGUGACAAAGACAAAGAACUGGAGGCUGCUGAGAGCUUAGAUGACUGGAUGCAUCUUUCCUACAUUUGCGCUUUUGACCCCAGUAAGGAGCAGUGCUCUACAAGGUCUUCCACCUCUGCUCUGAGGCCGUUCUCCUUGGUGACAACAAAUUCAACCCUGUCACUGUGCCAAGGACUCUCCGGCCACUCUGGCCCCGGGGACAAUCUGCUCCACCCUCUCCGUCCCUGUCCCCUGCGACAUUCGUUCACCAUCUGGGAACAAGAGACAGAUGGAAAACAGGAGAAGAAAGAGGAUGUUCUCAAGAGGAGAGCAAGGAGUAUGAAAACGGGGUGGCAGAGAACUACAGUGAACGAGGAGCUUGGGCCCAGUGAGAUGGGUGCUAUCCCAAGGAAGAUGCCCACAAAGUUGAGGAGGCCAGCAUCAUCAGAGGCUGCUGGAAAAGAGGCAAGAGGUUAUGACCUUUUGGAUUGGAGGACAACUCAGGAUCAGGUUCCAUGCCAAAAUGGCCCAAAAGCAAUCAGGACCUGUCCAGAUGGAACAUGUUUCAGCAACAGCUACCAGCCAAGACAGUGGCAGACACUAGGUCUCAUCAGGAUUCCUGAUGAUGUUGUGAAGUGGGCAGUGCGCUAUCUGCUUCACGCAACCCCUUCUGAGAACACCAGGCAAGCAAUCAUCGGAGACAAGGAAGGGGGCAAGUUCCCAGCCUAGGCCACCUCAUAUUGUCU